UCGGAGUAGCAGCGUCAGCGUGCUUUCGAAGCUCGUCCAUUGCAAUGAGGGUGGCGCGCGUCGCGGCCUGGCCGUGGUUCGGCCUCGCGGCCGCCGUGGGGCUGCUCGUCGCCGGACCCGGCGCCGGGCUCGCCGCCAACUCCACGGGCGACCUCGAGGCCGGCAGCUACGACUUCGUGAUCGUGGGCGCGGGCUCGGGCGGCUCGGUGCUGGCCAACCGGCUGAGCGAAAUCGCCGACUGGAAGGUGCUACUGCUGGAGGCCGGCGGCGAGGAGUCGUGGCUGACGGACGUGCCGCUGCUGGCGCCGCUGAUGCAGGUCAGCCAAUACAACUGGGGCUACCGCACGGAACCGAGCGCCGAGCGUGGCUACUGCCUAUCGAUGACCGACGGCAGGUGCAACUGGCCGCGCGGCCGAGCCCUCGGCGGCACCUCGGUCAUCAACUUCAUGCUGUACACGAGGGGCGCGCGCGCCGACUACGACGCCUGGCAGGCCGCCGGCAAUCCCGGUUGGAGCUACGACCAUCUGCUGGGCUACUUCCUCAAGUCGGAGAACAGCAGACUGAGUCGCCAGGACGCGGGUUACCACGCGCGCGGCGGCUACCUGGACGUGGCCGACGUGCCGUACGCCUCGCGGCUGCGCGAGCCCUUCCUGCGCGCGGCUGCCGAGCUGGGCUACCCGCUGCGCGACUACAACGGCCGUGGCAUCCUGGGCUUCUCGCCGGUGCAGGCCAACCUGCGCGGCGGACGACGCGUCAGCGCCAGCAAGGCCUUCCUCGAGCCGGUCACGCGGGGCCCGCGGCGCCGGCGCAAUCUGCGCGUGGCCGCGCGCUCGCGCGUCACCAAGGUCCUGCUGGAGCGCCGGCCCCCGCGCUCGCUCCGUGCCGUGGGCGUGCGCUACCUAGGCGCCGACGGCCGGCCACGCGUGGCGCGCGCGCGCCGCGAGGUGUUGCUUUGCGCCGGAGCGCUGGGCUCGCCGCAACUGCUGCUGCUGUCGGGGCUGGGGCCGCGUGACCAGCUGGACCCGCUGGGCAUCGAGACGUUGGAGGACCUGCCCGGGGUGGGCCGCAACCUGCAGGACCACGUGAGCAUGGCCGCACUGACCUUCCUGGUGAACGACAGCGUGAGCAUCGUGGAGUCGCGGCUGAGCAGCAACCCGCUGUACGCGCUGGAUUACAUUCUGCGCGGACGUGGGCCUCUGACGGUGCCCGGUGGCGCCGAGGCGCUGGCCUUCGUCGACACGCGGAGCCUGCUGGCCGGACAGUCGCCGCCGGCCAAGGACUACCCGGACAUCGAGCUGGUGCUGGGCGCGGGCGCGCUCACGGGCGACAUGUCGGGCGGUUUGCGCAGCCUUCUGGGCCUUAGCGAGCAGUUCGAGCGCGGCGUGUUCGCCGGGUACCGCGGCCGCGACGCCUUCAGCAUCGUGCCGAUACUGAUGCGGCCCAAGAGCCGCGGCCGUGUGAGCCUGCGCAGCGCCGACCCGCUGCUGCCGCCGCGCCUCGAAGCCAACUACUACCAAGACCCGGAGGAUCUGGCCACCAUGGUGCGGGGCAUCAAGGCUGCGCUCAAGGUCGCCUCCACGCGGGCCUUCCGCCGCUUCAACAGCAGCCUACUGCCGGUGGCCUUCCCCGGCUGCGAGGGUCCGCGCUUCGCCAGCGACGACUACUGGGCCUGCGUGGCUCGCCACGUGUCCACCACCCUGGGCCACUUUGCCGGCACCUGCCGCAUGGCGCCGCGCCGUCAGGGCGGUGUCGUCGACGCGCGCCUCCGCGUCCACGGCGUCGAGGGCUUGCGGGUCGCCGACGCCAGCAUCAUGCCCGAGAUCGUCGCCGGGCACACUUGCGCACCCACCUACAUGAUCGGCGAGAAGGCUGCCGACCUCGUCAAGCAGCACUGGGGUGUCCUGGCCGCUUAGGCCCUCUCGCUCGCGUUUGAAUUCGACUGCG